AUGACCGAUAAUAAUUUCUUUAGUCACCGUGCUACCAUCUGUUGCAAUUUGGGCCGGAGCUGCAGGUUUGGGAGCCUAUCGUCUUUCUUGGAGAUCAUUUCCGCGACAAAACGCCGGAUGAAGACAAGUGGUUGUAAACUCGAAGUCGUGUAA